AUGGGACAAAACAACUCGCUUGAUACACCCUCUAUCCCUACUAUUACCGCGACACCACCUCAAGCGACCGACGAUGCCGACCAGGUCAUACCUCUAGACUGUUGUUACUUCUGUCUCACCCGUGGAGGCAACGCGGCUUACGAAUGUCACACAGAAGAAGGAGCCGACCUGUGCACACGUUGUAUUCGGGAUAAGAAGAAGAAAUGUCGAUUGCCCACGCCCGAAGAAUCGGCAGCGAUAGCGGCACGUUGUCCACGAUGCACAAUACGGGGCUUCAAGCAAUGUGACGGAAGAGAACCUUGCGAUACUUGUAUCCGCAAUAAAACCGUACACUUAUGUCGCAAGCUACCCGAGAAGAAGAAGCCCAAGCCUGAAGACAUAGGUGCGAGAACCGAGAUUGCCCCUCAGUCUGAGGCUAUUGCCCCAGAGCAGUCCAGCAGAGGCCGAAGGACUCGUCGUAGCGAGGCACCCCAAACCAAUACUGGCACACAGCUCACCACGGAGAAUUUGAGUGAUGGAUUCGAUCGCAAAACCAACGGCACAUCUAGAUCGAAACGUAGAAAGGUCUUACCGAGCAGUAUACACGAUCAGCAUACACAGGUGGCUAGCCCGCAGUCAAGCCCAUCCGAGUCAAGUUUGCUCAAAAGCCCGGGGACACCGGCAAACCCUAUUGUCGCAAACAUUGCCGACGCAAACGAAGAAACACAAAAUGGCGACGAUACGCUACCUUCACCCGUAAACUCAAACGAUCUUGUCUUACAUAACGAUCUCAAGUCAGCGAUGGCAUCUGGUAAUGAGGAUAUUCCCAUGGAGGACGACGACUCACAUCAGCGAAACGAGAUUGGCACGCAGAACCUCGGUCUCAGUGGACGCUCCAGCAGGGCUCGACCUAGAGUAUCCUACGUUCCGCAGUACUUUGACGACAUGUCCGACCAAGACCUGGGUCUCGCAGCCGAAGACGAAGAUGAGGACGUAUCAGACAUUUACAGUUCUCCUACAACGGACGAAGAAGAAGAAAGCGAACCAGAAGUUGAGCCUGCAUCUUCUGACGAGGAAGCCUUGGGCACGAGUAACGCUGGAUCGUUAGACGUUUCGAUGGAUGAAGAUAUUAUCCCUGCCGAAGACGAUCAGCCCAAGGCAAAUCCACGCCGGAACACCAAGACUGGUGAAUCUGCUCGAGCUGGCAAAGGCAUUGACCUGAGCCUCCCUCCGCUCUCGAACAUUCAAGAAUGCAUGUCUGACAUGACUGCUAAAGCCAUGGAGCUCGGUCUUUGUGAGGCUUUGGAGAGCUUGGGAGGCCGAUCCAUUCGAGUUGCUACGAUGUGCUCUGGCACGGAAUCUCCCUUGUUAGCCUUGGAUGAGAUCUCGAAAGCACUUGAAACGAUGGGGAAAUCGCCGAUGCACAUUCAGCAAGAGUUCUCUGCCGAAAUCGAGGUCUUCAAGCAAGGAUACAUUGAAAGGAACUUCGCCCCAAAGAAGCUGUUCCGAGACGUUCGUGACUUCCUUCGCAAGGACGCCACCACCGCCAUGACAGCGUACGGAGCAGAGGUAGACAUUCCCACGGGCAUAGAUAUCCUCAUCGCCGGCUUCGUCUGCAAAGAUCUCUCCAGGAUGAACAACAAAGGCAAAACUCUCGACGACGGUGGUGAAUCGGGCGACACAUGGCGAGCAAUAUACACGUACGCGGAGCGCUUUCGCCCCAGUCUAGUACUCCUGGAGAAUGUCAAGAAUGAGAAGAAGACUUGGGAUGACGUGGUAAAACGUUGGGCAAAGAUCGGCUAUGAAGCUCAAUGGACCUACUGCGAUACCAAAAACUUCUAUCUACCCCAGACAAGAGAAAGGAUGUAUAUGGUCGCGAUAGAGCGUUCACACUUCGGUAAAGAUGCGAAGAGCGCGACUGACCAGUGGAAGGAAUUGAUGCACAAACUUGAGAGACAGUGCAGCAGCCCUUACGAAGCUUUUCUUCCAGAGUCGCUGAAAGAGUCGAGUGGCUACAGUGUCUUGAAGAACGAACCGGACUGGGCUUUGUGUAAGCUCCGGAAUGACCACAUUCGCUCCGAAAAGAGGCUAGGUAUACUAAGCCCCGUCAGCCGACGAAGCGACAGUGGUACCGUCAUGCCUCCCGAUUUCGCAGAUCGAAAGUUUUACAAUUCUCAAUCCUCGAGGGUGCAUGACGCCAUCGACAUCGCUCACCUAGAGUUUGCUGCCCUCAAGGGCUGUGAUUCACUUUACAAAAUGGCGCUCUGGGAUGUCAGCCAGAAUGUCGAUUGA